AUGGACACCAUCAAGCUUCCAAAGAAUUUCACCCUGUCCUAUAAGAGCAUGGAGGCGACUCUAGUUGCCUUCAAGGCUAGUAAGACCGUGGUUGAUGUAACAUGGGAGGUCUUCCAGGCUGCGGACCCUGCAACUAUGACUCGUCGCGCUGCCCUUACACCUUCUUUUGCUUUGGUGCCUGUGGCAGGGAGUUCUCACUCUGCAGUCUCGAGGAUGUCUGUUCCUUCUAAGGCAUCGGCUCUUGCCAAGACUCCGUCUUCUCCCAAACAGACUCCUAAAGAGCCCAUCGCACUCAGCGAGUCAGCCGAGAGCAGCUCCGAAGAGGGGACUACCCCUCUGGAUGUCCCACCUAUCCAGGCUAUGGGGGCUAUUGUGAUUCAAGGCAGGGCUAGCAAGUGGGCUCGGACCUCGGAACCUGCUACCGAGAGCAGAGCUGCUAAGCGAACCUGCACCACAGAGCCCGCGAGGACAACCCCUUCCCCCUCAAUCGAUAAGGGGAAGAAAGCGGUAGAACACCUAUCGUCUACUCCAGACAAUGAGCUAUUAAAUGUUGUCGAGGUGAUCACUGAGUCCAUUGAGUCUUUGCUUGUUUUUGGAGUUUAG